AAAUUGCCCCAAAAUGGUCCCCCGGGGGGGCACCCGCAACCCCACCGAUGGCCACAGUCCGCGCAUUCACACAGACCAGCGUGACGCGGCAUUGCCCUUUUAAGGAACGGGGUCACCCCUGCGCGGAACGCGCGCCGCUUUAAGGGGAGGCCCCGCCCCUUCCUCAGCACCGCCCCGCCCGGUGACGCGACGACGCAGGGGGCGUGGCGUGCGGCGGCCCCACCUCCCGCCGCCAAGAUGGCGGAGCUGGACCUGCUGGGAUCGAUCCUCAGCUCCAUGGAGCGCCCGCCCGCGGCCGCCGACGGAGAGAGCCGGCGCCGGGCCCGGGAACAAGCCGCCCGGGUGAAGAAGCUGCAGGAACAGGAAAAACGGCAAAAAGUGGAAUUCAGAAAGAGGAUGGAGCAGGAGGUGUCGCAGUUCAUCCAGGCCCCGGGGGAACCGCGGCGGCGCUUCCAGCCCAUGAACAAGAUCGAGAGGAGCAUCCUGCACGACGUGGCCGAGGUGGCCGGGCUGACGUCGUUCUCCUUCGGGGACGACGAGGACAAUCGAUACGUGAUGGUGUUCAAGAAGGAGUUCGCGCCGUCGGACGAGGAGCUGGACGCGUACCGGCGGGGGGAGGAGUGGGACCCCGCCCGGGCGGAGCAGCGGCGGCGCCUGCGGGAGCUGGCGGCCCAGCAGGAGGAGGCGGAGCUUGAGCGCGGCCCCGCCCCCCCUGGCCCCCCCACUGACUACAAGGACAAAUACCGGCACCUCAUUGGCUGCGAGGCCGCCAAGGCCGCCGCCCGCACCAUGGAGGCCAAUAAGGCAUAUGGAUGCGUUCCGGCCGCGCACAAGCGCGACACGCGCUCGAUCGAGGAGGCGAUGGACGAGCUGCGGGCCAAGAGGCGGCGGCGCCAGGGGGAGGGGCCCGGGGGGGAGGGGCCUGCGAGGGUGGGGCCCGGGGAGGAGGGGCCCGGCGCGGGGGAGGGGCCCAGGGAGGCCUCGGCCUGAGGGGGGAGGGGCGGA